AUGAGCAUGGACACCGGCAGUUCAGAGAUGGCACGAUCGUUUGCUAUUGGCGGUCUCUUAUUAGCUAUGAUCUUUUUUGCAAGUCGUUAUAAUAGGAUAUUACAGUUCAUUGUUCGCGGUUGUAUAUAUUUGACUUCUAUACUAGUCUUUUCUGCGUACGGAACUAUAAUUGCUAUAUUAUUCACGAUACUUAGACGAAGAGAGGAAAUAAAUUGGGCGACUGCACGCGCCUAUGUAUCCGCGGCUCCAUUGGUUGGCAUCUCACUGAAAGUUGAGAACGAUGAAUACAUGCAAACACGGCCCGCAAUUUUUGUCUGUAAUCAUCAAGCUGGAAUAGACACUUUUGUAAUGGGCAAAAUAUUCCCCAAAAACUGUGUUGUGGUUGGGAAGUCAUCUCUUAGAAUGGUACCACUUUUGGGAAUGUUUAUGACACUUGGUGGAGCUAUUUUCUUGGAUCGCAGUAACCACGAGAACGCUAUGAAAAAAUUUGCUGAUGCUGUGAGAACCAUCAAGGAGCAGAAGGUCAGUGUUUUUAUUUUCCCCGAGGGGACUCGAGGUCAUUUGCAAGAAGCCGAUCUUCUGCCCUUCAAGAAAGGCGCAUUCCACCUCGCUGUGCAGGCCGAAAUCCCGAUAGUACCUGUCGUAGUCUCUAAUUACAGUCACGUAUAUGAUUCGAGAAGACAAAUAUUUGCGGGGGGAGAAAUCACUAUAAAAAUUUUGCCUCCAAUAUCAACAGAGGGAAUUGAUCAGAAUAAUAGAGAACAAAUUGAUGAACUGACAACACGAACUCGUGAAGUAAUGUUGACUGCUUUGAGAGAGAUUUCUGCAUGA